CUCCUCCGGCUGUUUGCUUACCCACCUGACAGCAGCAGCCACCCGCUUCACAUCGCAACACUCCCAAGUCCUGGACGGGUGAUGGAGGGGCACCGAGCCUGCUUUCCGGCCAACUAGAUUAUCUAGACACAGAAGGCUCUCAGCCGGCUGCCAAGCAAGAUCAUGGUCUCCUGGAUUAUUUCGAGGAUAGUUGUCCUUGCCUUUGGGACGCUCUACCCGGCGUACUCCUCCUACAAGGCUGUCAAAACGAAGAACGUGAAGGAAUAUGUGAAGUGGAUGAUGUACUGGAUAGUGUUUGCAUUGUUUACUACAGCAGAAACAGCCACAGACUUGCUUCUGUCGUGGUUUCCUUUUUACUUUGAGCUAAAGAUUGCCUUUGUAAUCUGGCUCCUGUCCCCGUACACUAAAGGCUCCAGCGUCCUCUACCGCAAGUUUGUCCACCCAACGCUGUCCAACAAGGAGAAGGAAAUUGAUGAGUACAUCACUCAGGCCAAAGACAGGAGUUAUGAGACCAUGAUGAGGUUUGGAAAACGAGGUCUCAACCUCGCUGCUAAUGCUGCUGUCACUGCAGCCACCAAGGGGCAGGGCGUGCUGUCAGACAAGCUGCGGAGUUUCAGCAUGCAGGAUCUGACUCUCAUCAACACGGAGGAUGAGCUGGACCUGCACACGUCAGAGGUUCGAGCCAGGCGAGAGCCCUUGGACGAGAUGAGCUCGGGGGCCAGCACGUUGCCUCGGGCAAAGAGCGUCACCACACGGCAGACCCGCUCCGCAGCRGCCGCAGCUUUAGCCGACGACGCCUCGUCCCAGCACAGCUCCGACCUGUCGGACACCAGGACAGAGCACUCCGACGACGACCUCGGGGACAAGGCACCCAAACGCAGCACCGGCGCCAAGACGACAAAGAAACCUGUGGCUGCGAAGACGGAGACCCAACCCAAGACCAUAAAGAAGCCUGUAAAGAAAAAGACCACCACUAAUAACGCAGAGACACCCCCAUGAGUCCCGCUUCACACAACUUGUAAUCUCCUCUUCCUCUCCAGUCUCCACACACACACAUGCUGUGUAAAUAAAGCACGGACACCGUCACUCCUGCUGGUUUUAGAGCAAAGUACAGGUGUUGUUUGUCUUGGCGAUAAGCGACCUGUUUCAGGUUUUGAAAGUUUGCUUCCUGUUGUAUAAUUUCUCUCUUUAUGCUCAGGUAAUCUGAGUGUUACCUGCUGGGGUUUGUGCCUAAAUUAUUAUUUUAGAAUCUUAAAAUGGUUAGUAAUUUGGUCAGAAAUGUUGUUUUUCGUGGUCUGAAAAACAGAAAAAAGCUAACUUCUCAGUUGCAUCAGGUUCACUUUGAGUUGCCAGUUCAGAUACUUCAGACUGAGGCUUUUUGUUUGUAGUAUAAUAUAAUUUCUUCACGUAGUUUCAUAUAUUUAGCUUACUUUUAGGCUAAAGAUGCACAUUAGUGUUUGGUGGCUGAUACAAGUCAUACAUCUCUAACUAAACUAAGUCUUGAUUUGGAGCACAGUCAUGAAAGGGAACACAAAGUAGAUUUUAAUCAGUGCAUAAAAAGAAAUUGGAGUAAAUGUUAUUGUUCUCACUCAAGUGUCGCUAGGUUUACUAGAACAUUUGUAUUGCUCUAUAGUCAUCUAUCCUCUUUGCCUCCCCAUUUUUUGAUUCUUACACAAAGAAAACAGUUGAAGAAAUUGAAAUGAAAGUUUUAGCUCCUCUUGUCUACAUGUUCACGUCGCUGUGAGUGAAUCUGGCUCUGCUACGUUCAGGUCUCAUUCUUUUAAUGUGAUUUUAAGUCGUCCAGGAGGUGGAGUGCUCUGUUUAGUGCUGGCCAUUCUUCAUUUAGAUUUCCACUGUAUUUAUUUAUCAUUUAUUUCCCUGCUGUUUUCUGUCUGUUUUAUAGUUGUGUAAUAUUUGUAAGAACUAUUAAGUGUAAUUAAGGCCAGUGACGGAGACGACACCUCAGUGCCGGCUGGAUUUUUUUAGUUUUCAAAAGUAAAAGAAAAAGAAGAAACUUUGCACUUUCUGUCUUCAUACCCAAAUGGGUGGCGACAUUUUUUCAUGUUUGCGUAGCAAACCUCAACUGACUGAGGAUUAGAUCUGAUUAGACCAGGUGUGUUUAAUUCUGGUCCUCGAGGGCCACUAUCUGCAUGUUUUACUUGUUUCCCUUCUUCAGCACACCUGAUUUAGUGAUUGAAUGAUCUUUUUAUGUUCCGCAGAAGCCUGUUAAUCACCCGUUCCUUUUAAUCAGGUCUGUUUGAGCAGAGAAACCUGGAAAACAUGCAGGAUAGUGGUCCUCGAGGACCAGGACUGGGGAAGCGCUGCUGUAAGACAUGAAACUCAUCUGUACCAGUGUUAACCAGCAGGGGGAGACAAAGUCCACCUCAACUGUUGGAUAAAUGACUGAAAAGCGUGUAAAUGCAAUAUAAAUAGUAUCCCUGAGUGUACAUACAUCUUAAACUUACUCGCCUUAUUUAUUGUCAGGGUUUAAACAAAAAUUACUAUUUUAUUUUUUUCUCUUUUGGCCUUGACAAAUCAUUGGUUUUGAGAGCAGAACCAAUCAAAGCAAACUUUUGUGGUCAUGGAAGGAUUUCUAAAUCUGCAAUUUUUUUUUUUUUAGUUUUUAAUGCUUUUGAACUUUAUCUCACAAGUAGAGAAUCUAUAGCUCUGUAGAGUCGAUGCUUGUAUAAUAACAGCCUGCUAUCUUCUCUAUUAUGCCUUUGUUCAUUUUGUCUUAAUUUUUUUUUCUCUGAAAAUUUACAAUCAACAUUUCAUCAUUCUUAUAAGGCCACAUUUUCAUCCUGCAUCUUAUUUAUUGUUGGUUGUGUUUUUCAGUAUUGCAAACAAACAUGGAUGUAAAUUUGUAUAUUGUUUGUGCCACUUCUUUUUAGUUUUGUGUAAAAAAGACAGCGGCGUGUGUCAGCUGCCACUGUGCUAUCGGUCAAGAAAUUGCUACUAAUAAAGGAGAUUAAGUAUU